UGCAGGUUGGUGUCAUAAUUUUUGGCUAGCUCCUGUUGAAAGAGGAAAGUCUGUCAGCAGCAUUGUCCGCCCCUUAAAGUGGAGAGCAUCAGACCUCUAUUUUAUCAUGACCAUUGCACCCAGCAUCUCCAGUUGAAGCAGGAUCACCACCAUAUAUUGAUACAAUUGGUGAAAGUCCCGAUCACAAAAUCAGCAAGAAUACUCCAGUUUAGCCGUCAGCUCCAUUCUUCCAUCUAGCAGAAGAUGUACGGGAGUGCCCGCUCUGUAGGCAGAGGGGAUGCCAACCAUAGUGGAGGAAGAGAUGGAGGUGGCACUGGUAAUCAGGGAUCUGGCCGUUCCCCUCGCCUUCCCCGUUCUCCUCGGAUGGGACACCGUCGCACCAACAGCACCGGAGGCAGUGGAGGGGGUCCUGGAGGAGCAGGAGGCAAGACGCUUUCCAUGGAGAACAUCCAGUCGCUCAACGCUGCGUAUGCCACCUCAGGACCAAUGUACCUGAGUGACAAUGAGGUUGCCAUGGCAGGUGACCACCUUCCCAAAAGUGGUGGGACAGUGACGACGAUGGGGAGACAGAGGGUGACAUAUGGGUCAAGGGGCAGCAGCAGCAGCAGCGGAGUUGUGGCUGCUAGCACCCCCAACAUCUCCACCUCAGUGCCUGCCAAUGCUGUGCUGCCAGCAGGCAUGAUGGCAGGUGAUGCUCUGGCUUUUGGGGACCACCACAUGGCCUCCACUGUGCCCCAUUCUCUGAGGCAGGCCAGAGACAACACCAUACUGGACCUGCAGGCACAACUGAAAGAGGUUCUGCGUGAGAAUGAGAUGCUACGGCGAGAAGUAGAAGUUAAGGAGAGCAAGCUUAGCUCGUCCAUGAAUUCUAUCAAGACCUUCUGGAGCCCAGAACUGAAAAAGGAGCGAGCUCUCAGGAAAGACGAGGUCUCUAAGAUCACUGUGUGGAAGGAACAGUACCGUGUGAUUCAAGACGAAGCACAG